GUUAUCAGAAAUAUUUUAUGUACGACUUGUCUAUUUUGUGGAACUCUUUUGUGUUAUUUCGUUUUCAUUACGCGGGUUUUCAACCUGCUCUGGUUUGCCAGUUUUUGCCAUUAUUAAUUAUUUUCAUUGAUCCUAGUCAGCUCAAAAUCUUUUUACCAUCGUCUUUACACAUCAUCGCAUCACAUAUCAUCUGCUUCAUCAUCAAUAAAUGAUCAGAAAUUUAUACUUUGGUGUAUUGGUUAGCUAUACUGUUGAUCCAACAGUACAGUAAAAAGAUUUAUAUGACCCACGGAUCUUCACAACACAGUCAUCAUGGCAGACAAACAGGAAGAAUCAGAGAAGCGUUUACAUGUUCCAACGGAGAAGGGUUUAGCGGUAUUCGAAGCUAAGUGUGUUGAUUAUAAGAAACGUAUUGACAAGUUAUGGAGCACAGUUGAAGACAUUAUUCUUAGUAUACAAGGAAGUGACAAAACCAUAAAAACAUUACGCAAAUUUGAUGCUGAUAUUCGUGCAGCCUUUGAACCAUAUGUCCGUUAUGCUGAUGAGUACAGAGAUUUCCUCAUACGUACGAACAGUGAGGCCUCCAAACAUGAAGAGACAAGAUUUACGGGAACUUUUGUGAAAGCGAAACAGAUUGUUGAAAAUUCAUUGGAGCAAAUAAAGACUUUGCGACUAGACUUGGUGGAAACCGCUUCCCAUAUAUCUGGUGCAAGUUCAGGAAAGAGAAAACAGAAAUUAGAAUUCUUAAAGAAAGAAGCAGAACUUCAGAAGGAAAAGUUGAAAUUAGAAGAAGAGGAAAUCACUCGGAAAGCUGAAGUGCAUAGGAAGAAACAGGAAUUAGACAUUAAUCUGAAACUUUUGAAAGAGGAAAAUGUGGUCAUGGACGAGGAGUCUGAAGGUUCUUUUUCAUUGGAUAUAGAGUCUGAAAGCAAAGAUGAACAGGUACGAAGAUAUGUCGAAAGUCUGAAUUUCCGUGAAAAUGAUGUUGUGAGUUCAAACUUACAUACUCCUGUUCCGGACAAAACUAUACCCAUUCCAACGCCUUUCCGACCAAUACAGAGUUAUACGAACCGUGUUCUACCUUCAGCUAGUGCACCAGUUUUCCAUCCUGCGGAACCAACAUCUGCCAUUCCUCCUACUCAGUUUGAUUCUGUUCCCAUAGCUCAACAGUUUCCUAACAACCCUGCGUCCGAAAACGCACUAUCAGAUCUGACAUUGUUUAUGAUGCGAAAACAGCUUGUACCUGAGAGACUGUCAACAUUCGAUGACAAGGCAGAAUCGUAUAAUUCGUGGAAGUGUUCAUUUCUCAACAUUAUGAGUGAAAUCAAGGUUUCAAAGCAUGAAGAACUUGAUCUUCUUAUCAACAGACUGUCUGGAAAAUCUAAAGAGGUAGCAAGCAGCAUUAGGAACGCCAAUCCUGGAGAAGUGAACCGUGCAGUGAAAUUGAUAUGGGAACGUUUAGAUGAAAUGUUCGGGAGACCAGAAAUGAUUGAGUCAUCUCUUCGAUUACAGCUGGAAAACUUUCGUCAGAUUGCUCCUAGUGAAAACAGUAGACUCUAUGACUUAUUGAACAUUUUGAUAAAAGUAGAAUCAUUGAAAGCUAAUCCACAGUUUUCAACCAGCUUAGCUUAUUUUGACUCGUCAGCAGGGGUUAACCCCAUAUUGCAGAAGUUACCAUACCAUCUGCAGGAGAAGUGGAUCUCAAGAGCGUCCAUUUACAAAAGAGACAAUACUGUACAUUUUCCACCAUUUUCCUUUUUUGUACAGUUCAUAAAGGAAAUGUGUGCUAUUAGAAACGAUCCUGCAUUUAUGUUCAACAGAUCAGUGACUUCAAGUAAUAGAAAUGUUACCAAGAUGCCAGCCCCACGGGCUCCUGGUGUACAUGCUCGUAGAACGGACGUGAACGAAAAUGCAAGAUCAAACUACAAUCGCUGUCCAUAUCAUAAGGCGGACCAUAGCAUACAUGAAUGUAAUGGAUUUCGUGCUAAGCCACUUACGGAGCGCAAGAACUUUCUACAGAGUAGACGCAUUUGUACUAGAUGUUGUACCUUUAAACACUUACCUAAAGACUGCACCGUCAACAUUCAGUGUAGAACGUGUGGUAGUCAUUCUCAUGCUACAGCCUUACACCCAGAAAGAUCCUAUGUACAAAGAGGAAGUGUUCACGGCGGGGAGGCUAACCGUCAGCAAUCAGAAGCAUCUUCACAAUCUACGCAAUCUGCUAGACCGGUGGCGGCGACAACUGAUAGCAUAUCUACUACACCCUUUACAACUGACAGAGUGUCAACUUCAUGCACACAGUUCUGCGGUGAAGGGUAUAAAGGUCGUUCAUGCAGCAAAACCUUACUUGUGGAUGUGUUUCACUCAGACUUUCCAAACUCUACAGUACGUUUGUACGCAAUACUGGAUGACCAAAGUAAUCGAUCUCUCGCAUCACCUGACCUAUUUGAUGUCAUGAACAUUACAAGUGAACCCACCAAAUACACACUCACGUCAUGUUCUGGAAACACAGUGAGAUAUGGUAGGAGAGCUCAUGGCUUUAUGGUUCGAUCCGUUGAUGGUUCAGUUAUUUACGAGCUGCCUUCCCUUAUAGAGUGUGAUGAUUUACCCAAUGAACUGUCGGAAGUACCCACACCAGAUGUGGCUAAGUCCUUUGACCAUCUACGAGAUAUUUCAUCUCUCAUCCCCGAGUUUGAUCCAAACUCCAAGAUUCAGUUACUUAUUGGAAGAGACCUACCUGAAGCUCAUCAUAUUAAACAACAGAUUGUGGGUCCGAAAGGCACACCAUAUGCCUUAGAACUAGGGCUUGGCUGGGUAAUUAUCGGUGAGGUCUGUUUAGGAAAGAUCCAUCCUCGUGACUCUGUAUGUGUGAAUAAAGUGUCAAUUCUUGGUAACGGAAGUGCAACCUGCAAUGAACCUUGUCAAAACUACCUGCAUGUCAAGGAUCAUAUAUCGACAUCUACAAGCGCACUGAGUGAUCGUGAUUUUCGUGGUGACAAUGUAUUCACCAAGACUUUACGAGAUGACGAAGUUGGCCUAUCAGUUGAAGAUCGUGUCUUCUUACAGCUAAUGGACACAUCAUUUAGGAAGGAUGAGGAAGGGUUUUGGACGGCACCUCUACCUUUUAGACAACUUCCUGAUUACUUACCAAACAACAAACCCCAAGCUUACCGUCGUGCUCAAAUACUUCACUGUAGUUUGCAGAAGGAUCCCUUGAAAAAAGAACAAUUUGUAACAUUUAUGCGUAAAGUACUAGACAGUGGAGCUGCGGAAGAAGCACCUUCUUCCUCGGAAUCAGAUGGCCCUUGCUGGUAUCUACCCUUGUUUGGCGUACAAAAUCCGAAAAAACCAGGACAAGUCAGAGGAGUGUUUGAUUCGUCGGCGGUCUUUGAAGGGACGUCCUUAAAUGGCAUGCUUAUGUCUGGUCCAGAUAUGGUGAACAGCUUAUUGGGGAUUCUUCUACGGUUCAGAAAGGAUGAAGUCGCAAUGACUGCUGAUAUUGAGCAGAUGUUUUAUCGAUUCAGAGUCAAUGAGAAACAUCGCAACUUCCUCAGAUUUUAUUGGUAUAGGAACAACAACCCGGAUGACAUUCUCAUAGAAUACAAAAUGACAGCCCAUGUAUUCGGGAACAGCCCAUCUCCAGCCAUAGCUACCUAUGGCCUUCGUAAAACUGUGGAGAAUGCUGACUUAGAUGUGAAGGACUUUGUUAAUCGCAAUUUUUAUGUAGACGACGGGCUAAUUUCACUACCUUCCGAGUCUGAUGCCAUCAGUCUUAUGAAACGCACACAGGCUACAAUGCAGAGUGAAGGCAAGUUGAGACUCCACAAAAUUACCUCAAAUAAAAGAACUGUCCUCGAUGCAUUUGAUCCAAGUGACCAUGGCGAAAAUCUGAAAGAAAUAGACAGUGAUGACACAGUACACAGAAGUCUUGGAUUGUGCUGGAGUCUGAAUGACGACACGUUCCGAUUCACUAUCCCAGCGGAAGAGAAGCCAUUCACACGUCGUGGCCUCCUAUCACAUGUAAACAGUUUAUUUGACCCCUUAGGAUUUAUCGCUCCGAUAACCUUAAGUGGAAAGAUCCUCCUUAGAGAAGUGACCUCUACAGGAGCCGACUGGGAUGAACCUUUACAAUCGGACCAUCUUCAAAAAUGGACGGAGUGGAUAUCAUCUCUUCAGAUCCUGAAAGGUGUCACCAUUCCACGAAUGUUAUCACAUGUAUCCAUUAGCAUAGCAAAGACUGUAGAAGUACACAUAUUUUGUGACGCCUCGGAAAAGGCGAUAGCAGCAUCAGCAUACCUGAAAGUGACAGACAAUGAUGGACAUUCAAGUGUGAGAUUCUUGAUGGGAAAGGGAAAGUUAGCGCCAUCUAGAGGACAUACCAUCCCUCGCCUAGAACUCUGUGCUGCAGUUUUAGCGACAGAAAUAGCACAGAUAAUAUCUAUACAACUGGAUAUUCCAUUGGAGUGUAUGUGUUACUACAGUGACAGUAGAGUGGUCCUUGGAUAUGUCAGCAAUCGUACUCGCCGCUUCUAUUCCUAUGUGAGUAAUCGUGUUGACCGCAUCCUCAAAAUCUCAAGUGCCGACCAAUGGAAUUACAUUUCUACAGAUAGAAAUCCUGCUGACUCUUGCACUAGGAGCAUCUCUUGCAAUACAGAUAUUAUGCAACUUCCAUGGAUCGUUGGACCACAGUGGCUCUGUGAAGCAAAGAGGACAGAUGAUGAUAGUGAAAGUUUUUCACUCAUAGAACCUGACAGUGAUGUUGAGGUUAGACCACUGAUGACAAAAAUCAGCACUGGACCUUACUUACCCAGUCAACUCGGAACAGAGCGAUUUGAGCGAUUUUCCAGCUGGAAGUCUUUGAUUCGUGCAGUUAUGAGUCUUCAGAAACUUGCUAGGAAACUACAGACUUCCAAGAAUUCUCAGCAAGACACUGAAUCUACAUCUCACAUUGAUGAAUUGAUGAAAGCAGAGUGUUUAGUUCUCAGAGAACUUCAAAAAGAACAUUUUCAAAGAGACAUUGAAUUCAUUAUGGAUGAGAAGCCAUUACCCAGAGAUAGCAAGAUUGCGCAGUUGUCACCCUUCCUUGAUAAAAGUGGACUCCUUCGUGUUGGCGGUAGGAUCAAUGCAGCAGCCAAUCAAAUACCUGCUAAGGAAGUAAAUCCCAUCAUAUUACCGAAAGGAAGUCAUAUAACAUGUUUGAUUAUACGGGAUUUCCAUGAGAAAACCAAACAUCAAGGAAGGCUUUUCACUGAGGGUGCAGUUCGCACAGGAGGUUAUUGGGUCAUUGGAGCUAAACGAGUGAUAUCUUCCCUCAUACACAAGUGCGUAACCUGCCGUAAGUUGAGACGCUACAGAGAAACUCAGAAAAUGGCUGAUGUGCCAGCAGAGAGAUUAAUUCCAGGUCCACCUUUCACUUCUAUUGGUAUCGACGCCUUUGGACCCUGGGAAAUUGUAACUCGUAAAACUCGAGGAGGCGCUGCCAACAGUAAACGUUGGGCAAUCCUAUUUACAUGUUUAGUAUCAAGAGCCUUGCAUAUCGAGGUCAUUGAGGAGAUGUCGAGUUCCUCCUUCAUCAAUGCCUUACGACGUUUCUUAGCAAUACGAGGCCCAGUGAAAUCGAUACGUUCUGAUCGAGGCACAAAUUUCAUAGGAGCUGCCGAAGAAAUGAAAGUCAACACAAUAAGAGUAGAAAAAGGACCAGUUCAGGAGUUCUUAGAGACAUCAGGAAUUACUUGGAAAUUCAACGUACCACAUGCAUCCCAUAUGGGGGGUAUAUGGGAGAGAAUCAUCGGGAUCACAAGAAGAAUUCUGGAUUCUAUGUUACUGGAAUCACGUUUCAAACCUCUAACACAUGAAGUACUGGGGACCUUUAUGUGUGAAGUCUGUGCUAUAAUUAACUCGCGUCCCAUCACGCCAAUAUCCACAGAUCCGGAGGAACCUCUUGUUAUCAACCCAUCUAUGAUCCUUACAGGAAAGGUCGAUUUCUUACCUGUGAUAUCCCAUUCCUUGGAUAUCAAAGAUGUUCAUCGUGCGCAGUGGAAGCAUGCCCAAGUGUUAGCUGACAUAUUUUGGCAAUAUUGGAAAAGAGAGUACUUAAAGACACUGCAGUCGCGACGUAUAUGGAAGGACAGACAGCCAAAUGUGAAACCGGGUGAUGUUGUGAUAGUUAAGGACUCUGCAGUGCACCGAAACUACUGGCCGAUGGGUAUUGUUGAAAAAACAUUCGCAAGCGAUGACGGUUUAGUACGAAAGGUUCAGAUCCGAGUGAUUCGUGAUGGCAAACCUGCAUUUUUCAUGAGACCUGUACAUGAAUUAGUUGUGCUGUUAGAUUGAAUUAUUAUACUGUAUUCGAUCAUGAUGUUUAUAGUGGUAUUUUAUACCAGACGGGGAGUGUGCUGUUAUCAGAAAUAUUUUAUGUACGACUUGUCUAUUUUGUGGAACUCUUUUGUGUUAUUUCGUUUUCAUUACGCGGGUUUUCAACCUGCUCUGGUUUGCCAGUUUUUGCCAUUAUUAAUUAUUUUCAUUGAUCCUAGUCAGCUCAAAAUGUAAGUUUAUUGAUGUAAAUUGUUUAUCUAACAAAGAUGUAAUUAGCAAGAUUUGUUUUUAUUAGAGAAAUAUGAAUUUAAUUGUACACAGUUUUCUAUACAUAUGACUCGAUCUAUGGCUGCCAUUUUUGAACCUAAUUUUGAUUGAUUUGUGUAUAUUGGUAAAUCGGUAAUUGUAAUCAUUUAAACCUAGUCUAAAUUCUUUAAACUUUAUUGUACUACAGAAAUAUGUUGAAAUGGUUUCCCUUUUUAUAUCAUAAUGUGUGUUUGAGAUCAGUUCAUAUGUGCUAUGUUACAUGCAUUCAGUGAUUGUGUAUACAUCAAGUUUUCUUGUAUU